UCCAAGAGGCCAUGAGUGGCGCGGGACCAGCGGUGUAGUCCUGCAGCCCCGGACCCGCACUCUGACAGUCCCGAGCCAUGGGGGUGUUGAUGUCCAAGCGGCAGACAGUGGAGCAGGUGCAGAAGGUGAGCCUGGCUGUGUCUGCCUUCAAGGAUGGGCUGCGGGACAGGCCUUCCACUCAACGCACAGGUGAGCUUCCAGGGUCCCACCAUGGCACUGUAGAGGGCUCUGUCCAGGAGGUUCAGGAGGAGAAAGAAGCAGAGGCAAGCACCCCAGUGCUCCAAGAAGAGAGCAACAUCAACCGUGCAGCCUGGGAGAGGCUCCGAGAUGGGCGUGGAGUGGAACCUGAAGAGUUUGAUAGGAACAAUCGUUUUACGCCUCCUGCCUUCAUCCGCCCCACCCGGAAGCUGGAUGAUGACAAACCUCCAGAUAUCUGCUUGGAGCCCAGAGAGACUGUUGUCAACGAUGAGAUGUGCGAUGUCUGUGAGGUCUGGACGGCUGAGAGCCUCUUCCCAUGCAGGGUCUGCACCAGGGUUUUUCAUGAUGGCUGCCUGCAUCGCAUGGGCUACAUCCAAGAAGGCAGUGCAGCAGAGGUGACCGAGAUGGCACACACGGAAACAGGCUGGAGCUGCCACUACUGUGACAACCUCAACUUGCUGCUAACUGAGGAGGAAAUGUAUAGCCUCACAGAGACCUUUCAGCAGUGUAAAGUCAUCCCUGAUUGCUCCCUGACGCGGGAGGACUUCCUGCGCUACCGCCACCAAGCAGCAAAGCGGGGGGACAGUGACAGGGCUUUAACCGAGAAACAAGAGGAGCAGGCAGCCCGCCAGUUUGCAGCCCUGGACCCUGAUCAUCAAGGACACAUAGAGUGGCCUGAUUUCUUGUCCCAUGAGUCCCUCCUACUUCUGCAGCAGUUGCGUCCCCAGAACUCUUUGUUAAGGCUUCUGACAGUCAAGGAGCGGGAGCGAGCCCGAGCCACCUUCCUGGCAUGGGGCAACGGGAGCACCAUCAGUGAGGCAGAGUGCCUCCGUGCACAGCACUCUUGGUUCUGCAAACGUCUCCCAGAGGCUCCUUCCUCCAGUGUCAGCAUCAGCCAUGUGGGUCCCAUAGCAGAAAGCAGCCCAGCCAGCAGCAACAGCAAGAUUCAGGACAAGGCCCUGCUGCCCACAGAGCAUGAAUCCAGAUCUAUGGACUGGCCUACCUUUCUGCGGGAGAAUGUCAUCUACAUCUUGGCUGCUCGCCCAAACAGCGCAGCCAUUCACCUGAAACCCCCAGGAUAGCAUGGAACAGAGAAGCUCAAUCCUGGGACAGUGGUGUUCUCUCCUUUUCCUUUCUCCCUUUCCCCCACCAACCUCUGGUACUGAGACUUAUGAGGAUGGAGCACUGCCAGCAUCUCAGUUUAUCACUAAGUUUUAUAGCAAUGAAAUUGCCAUUCCCCUCACAACAGAGGCAGUAAAUGCAUUGCUACAGGGAGAAACCCUGGGAUCUGUGGCAGCACCCAGUUCUAGACACUCACACCCCUAUUCCCUUCACAUAAUAGACCGGACACACCACUGCUCAUGUAUAUGCUUGCACACUCACACACCUAGCUGUCCAUGCCUUCAGAAACCUGGUUCUUUUGGUUUAAAAAAGGACCAAAGUUCCUUUGUGAAGCCACUGGUAUAGAUGAGGGGGCCUUGACUCACCCCAUUCAAUUGGCCAGUUCCAGUUCCAUUAGAUAAGACUCUGGCCAAGUGAUUCUUAAUAAGGGGGCAUAUCACACUCACAUCCUUUCCUGGAGAUGCUGACAGUUUCCCUUUGCCCCAAUGAAAACCCAUUCUGUGCUGAGCCACUGUUCUGGUAGGUGUGUGCUGUGUCCCUCAUGUGUGUUGGGUUGGGAAAAUGGUUAAAAAAACCACCACUGCACUUCAACCCAUUAUUUAUUUAAAUUCCAGUUCCUGGUAACAGAAGGCAACUAGUCUGUGGAGUCCUAAUUAGAAAAGCGGAUAGGCAGUCCCUCUCAGGGACCCAGAAAUCUAGGAACCUCUCAGCCAGGUCAUUCAAGUGCAAAAGUCUUUAGAGGAACAGUCAAAAACCAAGGUGAGCCAUCCUGGCCCUUGUUUUUCAGAUGCAAGCUCAUGUCCCAGAACCCAAGGGGCCAGAAUGGAACAAGUAUGAUGACAGGAGUCACGGUCCUCUGUGUUAGAUGCUUCACCCAAGUCAGCUAUCACAGAGACCUAAAGCCUGAGCUCCAGUGAGGACAAGGUAUGGAUGGAAGAGAAGAGAAGGUUCAUCCUUUUCCAUCCUUCCAGCUCAACUCAACUGAAAACCUAUAGAAGUGUGCCAUUGUGUGGAGAAUAGACAGCCUCUUCAACAGGCCAAGAAAGAGCAGCUCCACAGAACUCUGAGUAGGAACUUUCUACCACCCUGACAAUGAGGAUAAGAGGCUGGAGCUAACAAGAGGAUUUGCAUCUCAGCUCUCUUAAGCAGAUAAAAUCCCAGCAAAGCCUUACAGAGGAUGUAGUUUUCCCUUCUUCCCAUCACUGAGAUAUGUCCUAAGUUGCUACUUCUCCCUACUGUUCGCUACAUGUUCUUCUCCACCAGGCCAAGGCCUGGGCCUAGAUUGGGAGAACUUUGGGGACAAGCAGAGGCUGCCACAAGGCCACUAACCCUGGCCUCCAAGCCCCAACUUUCCUUCCUAAGUUCUCAAGUCAUUGCAUGUUGUGAGGCAGCCCUGGUACUUGGGUUCAGGUUUCUGUUUCCAACCAAAUGACUUAGAUUUAGCCAGAUCUGACUACUAAGAGUUAUUUGAGAAGGUACUGGCUCAAUCAUGAAGAAGCUAAUGUAUCCUCAUUGCUCAAGUAACUUUUACUAAAUUGAGUGUUUACAGAAGAAGCAGCAUACAGCUUAGUGUUGAGAUACUUAGAAGAAAGGGAGGAGCUGCAACCAGGAGUGUGGUAUAUGGUCUCUUCUUGCUGAAACUGCCUGACCUGGAAGCAGGGUGAGAAGCUUCUGGGGUUGGAUUAUUUAGGACUAAAAUGAGACAGACAGAAGAUGAAUCUGGGUUCAUGUAUAUGACCCUGAACAUUUCAAAACCCACAGCAUUCUGUAAAUAUUCCUUAGCCAUACUCAGGACUAAUCAGUAGGAGAGGUCAUUAUUCUGUCUAGCCAAAAAAAAAGAAAGAGAAAGCACAUGACUCUUGGGCCCAAGGACUGCAUCUGAAGCACCCAGGCCUGAGAAGAUUAAAGCACAUUAAGAGCAGGGCCUCCUGCUUAUUCUCCUGGCAAAUCACUUUCUACAUCAAUGGCCUUGGGCUGCUUGAUCUCACGGACAGGGCUUUUUGAGUAAAGGCAAGCUCUGGACUUUGAAUGCUGAACAGCUUUUUUUCCUGCCUCAUCAUCAGUCACAGGGACUGGAAGUCUACCUUCUUGUUCCCUGACCUUUACAGAUCAAGGUGAUGCCUUCCUCUCUGGAGAUGUAGCUUCUAGCGUUCUGUGGGUGAGUGGUGAAAGAUCGUGGGCCAGAUCAGGCUAGCUGGAUUCCAG